CCAAUGAGAGCGCACACACAUGGGAAGAGUUUAAAAAAGAUUCAGAAAAGUGUCGGAAAGUUGUCCGAAAGCUCGAGCAGCAGGUCCACGAGCACGACUGAGCAAAGAAUCUAAAUAAAAAAACAUUGAAAAAAAAAAAAAAAAAAAAAAAGACAGCAGCGGACUGUUCGGGACUUUCUCUCUGAGUCUGUGUUUGGCUGCCUCGGACAGAGAGCUGUAACCUGCUUCUCCAUUUUUAAAGCCCUCCUCAGCUCAAAUCUUCUGUAAAUAGACAAAACAACAGGAUGACAACACAUUUCAGGAGCGGCCCGGCCUUCGGACUUUCUGCUGAGGUCAAGAGUAAGCUUGCAGGGAAGUACGACCCCCAGAAGGAAGAGGAGCUCAGGCUGUGGAUUCAGGAUGUGACCGGCAAAAAAAUGGGGGACAGCUUCAUGGAGAGCCUGAAGGAUGGAGUCCUGUUGUGCGAACUCAUUAACGUUCUCCAGCCUGGUUCUGUGAGAAAGAUCAACAACUCCAGUCAAAACUGGCACCAGCUGGAAAACAUAGGGAAUUUUGUCCGUGCGAUCACAGACUACGGCCUAAGGCCACAUGACAUCUUUGAGGCCAACGAUCUGUUUGAGAAUGUCAACCACACUCAGGUCCAGAGCACACUCAUCGCUCUGGCUGGAAUGGCCAAGUCCAAAGGUUUCCACUCCAAGUACGACAUCGGAGUGAAGUACGCGGAGAGACAGCAGCGCCGCUUCGCCCCGGAGAAGCUCAGGGAGGGACGUAACAUCAUAGGCCUGCAGAUGGGCACCAACAAGCUCGCCAGCCAAAAGGGCAUGACCUCUUACGGCACACGACGCCAUCUGUAUGAUUCCAAGAUGGGGGUGGACAACCCAUUGGACCAGUCCACUAUCAGCCUACAGAUGGGCACUAACAAGGGAGCCAGCCAGGCUGGCAUGACAGCCCCGGGAACCAGGAGGCACAUCUUCGACAAGAAGCUGGAGCUGGAGAACUGUGACACCACCACCAUCUCUCUGCAGAUGGGCACCAACAAAGUGGCCUCCCAGCAGGGCAUGACCACCUACGGCCUACCCCGCCAGGUCUUCGACAACAAGUACUGCACCAACCCUACCGAGGCCUACUAUAACAACGGGAGUGAGAUGGAGUUUGAUGGCUACAACCAGUACUCUGACUAGGAAAAAAACACAGACAGCCUCACCGCCCCACCCUCCACCCUCCCUCCUGCCUCUUUGCUUAACUACAGACAACCAACCACAACUGUCUUUGUGACGAGCAAACCUUCCAGACUGUUAUUUAACACUGACUGACGUCAAUGCCGUCUUCAUUCCCGAGCUAGUUUGUCUUUCCACGAGUCAAAGAAAAAUACUGAAGUGUUUACCUGACCUUGUGUCAAAAAUUUCAGGCAGUGGCCAACUUCUGUCUCUCUUUGUUCGGAUGAAUUUUAUCAUCGCUAAAAAUACCCAUGACACACAUUUAAUGACCUCUGCUAUUUAUAGAUUGUUUGCUAACUCUUUAUUUGGAUAGUCCGCCUACACAUAGUUUCUAGAGUAUUGGUAACAUUUCAAGUAUUUCGCUCUGUCUGUAGAUAUUUAACAAAUCUAUAAUUCAUGAAUGCAAUAACCGUAUCACUACCCUAAUCAUGGGGUACUUUGAGGACCAGGAUCGGAAAAUAGUGCGCUAGGCUCCCGUCAGCACAACUGGGGCCAGGUCAGCAGGGACCAACUGAGGGAAGGACUGCGCACCUUCAGUCCCCUUUGUUAGACGGGCUUGGCUCCUCUUCCCUAACCCUAACCCCUGUGUUCAGGGGGGUUAUGGUUCAGUCCAAACCUAACCCUAGGUUGUUUUAUUUUUCUUUAACCCAACCUCCCACCUCCCUUAUUCGUACUUCCCCCUUGGUAUUCUUUUCCUUACCUCCCUUAUGAAUAGUACCCCUCCUGUAUUUUUUUUUCUAACCCUAACCUCCCUUGUUAACAGCAUCCCUCCUGUAUUUUCCCUAAACUCAACCUCUCACUCUCCUUAUUUACACUUCCCAUCCUAUAUUAUUCGCCUAAACCUAACCUAAUCUCCCUGAUUAGUAGUAUCCCUCCUGUGUCCUUUCCUAACCCUAAAUCCCCCGUUCCCCUUCCUUUUUUAAUUUUUCUUCCCCUAUAUUAUUCCCUAAACCUAAUUUCCCUUUCCCUUACUUACUAUGGAGAAAGAUUUUUUUUGAAAUUAUAUUCUUAGAUUAUCAAGGAAAUGAGCAUUAAAUUAAUGUUAGAUUUGUGCCAGGUUUGUGUUAAGCCCCCUAACCUAACCAAGAUCUAACCAAACCUGAACCAUGGUGAUCAGAAAAAUGUUGAAAUCUCAACUAAUCAGCUGUUGAGAUGUUCCAAACACUCUAACCUAUCUGUAGGUGGACUAUCCAAAUUAAAAAAGUGUUUUUUUUUUCUGUUUUCUCCAGCUUUUUAUACUUGUAUUGUCAUUAGAGAUUUUCUACCCCUCGCCUCACUUCCAGUCCAGUUUGAACACUGACGCAGAAUUUGAAAGUUUCUCCAUAGGAAACAGGUGACCGUAUUGGUGCUAUGCUUUGAACUUUGACCCAGUCGGAACACACAUUUCGAGUGCACGUCCACAUUUGGAGACUCCGUCUAUGGAUUCAACUUCUCGGGAUGACACAAGUCCCCGGGUCCACGGGCUGACCGGGGCGGGCGAAGCAGGAGGACUUGUAGCUUUUUCGCGGACUUUGCUUUGUUUUGUGAGCACCUGCGCUGACAAAUAGUCAUGUUCACAAACCUGCCAAAUUAUCCAUCACGCCUUUUUUUUUUUACUGGGCUAAUUUACAUGGCUUGUGUGCAGCCACGACUCUUUGGUUUUUGAGGAAGUACUUAGAGGGUCUGCAAGGCUUUUUAUGAAGAGUAAAUGUAGGUGUGAUCUUCAGUGUGAAGUUAGGGUAAAUGUAGUCACCAGUAGUUUCUGUCCUGUUCUUCUUCC